AUGGUUGAUAUCGACGUACUGGUGCGCCGCUUUUGCAGUAUGGAGGCACACUUUCGACACGUGCAGCAAUGCCGCAUGGACGAUGACGCCACUUGGCUCCGCCGCGAACGCCUUCAAGAAGAAAUCAGGGCCCUUCCAUCCGACCAACGCACAUUGCUCAAAGCCAUAAUGAGGCGGGAAAUGGGCUUUAGCUGCGAGCCCACCCCAACACAAGACGACAUCACGCUGCCCUCGAUCGAAGUUUGCAAAAUGAAGACGUAUGUGGACAUGGUCGAGCGACUACCAAACGCACCGCCACUUCGAUUCAAGACCAAGUGGCCAGCGAUGGCGAGGAAGGUUCAGCAGCGACGAUGGGUGAAGGCCAUGAAGAUCGGUCGUGCUCGAGAUGCAGUCGUUGUCUCUUAA